CUGCCUAUCUUGCUCUCUUUAUCUAGCCAUGACCUCUUGUUUAUCGAGACCCUUUGGUCAAGAUUCCAUACCGGCCCGGUGGGGUGAAAGGUUUCCUCGUCGUUCGGCCAAGACCACCGGCGUCUUACCGACCCUUUGGACUUGGGUAUCCUGCCGUAACGCCCGAGCCUUGGCGAUACUUUGGCCUGUGUAGCGGCUGCUUGAUCUGUUAUCUCGGUUUCUGUCGACCUCAUUAUCUACGCCCAGCGACAUCGGAUCUCACAAGACAAUAAAAAUGAGACUUCGGCCGGGCUUGUCUAAUAUUCUGACAGUCUUUUAGGAGCUCAGUCAGAAGUCUCCUACAAUUAUCAUUCAGUAGCAAAAAUGCUUCUAGGACGGUCUCUCUUAAGACUUUUGGCCCUUGGUGUGGCAGUCGAGGCAUCUUCUGCAGCGAAACAACACGGGCUAUUCAGGCGGGCGGCAAACAUCACCACCUGCAAUAUCAACGAGGUCGCGCCCAAGGUCAAGGCGCCGAAAGUCAACGUCUGGGCACCCAUAUCCCCGGAUGACAAUCUCGCUGUCUGGAAUCUACUCCAUGACCCGGCAACAGGUCUGAACCUCACAGAUCCUAACAAUGCUACGAUCACGGACAACUAUGUCUACUGGAUCGACACUCUUCAUACCAAUAAGUCCACUGUCCUCCCAUACCUCGGAGGCACUGCCGACCCGCCGCCAAAAUAUGCGCGAGUAGUUAUCUUCAGCGGCGGCUUGGAGGUCCCAGACUCGCAGGAGUACAUGGUCGGACCCCUUCCCGUUGGCAACGGAACACAGGUGGAGAAACUCGACUACAUCUUCAACGGAGGUAGUGGCGGCAAGAUCCCGUACAACAGCCGUUAUUUUGAUGGUCCUCGCUUGACAGCCACGGAGCCGCUUCUCGUGUCUGUCAUGAGCAACAUCACCGACAUCACAUCCGAACUCAUUGGUGGAGUUUACUACGGCUUGAGUGAUAACCGGACUACGCUCACUUCCACCAGCGGCACACCCCUCUCUUAUGAUGGCACCCAAGCAUUUCGCACGGUCAUGUUUAGAUAUCCCAACACAGCGACGUAUCUGACGCCCUUGGACUUCUUCGUCAUGCUAGACGUCACCGGCACAGAUGCUUCACAGUACAAACUGAGAGGUAUCGUGACGAAUGAGAAGUUCUUCCCUACAGUCGCUGCCCUGCGCUCUGCUUGGCAGGCAGGAGAGCUGAAGGAGCAGUUCAAGCAAAGCCGGACUACCGACUGGGGUCUCCUGGAUCUUAAGCCUGACAUGGGAGUCAGAGACCUCGAAAUCAAGCUAGCGCCUCAAAGCCUCGAGGUUGGUGGCAAGCGGUACAAGGUCGACGAGGAACAGAAAUAUAUCGAGUACAUGGGGUGGUCCUUCUACACAUCGUACUCGCGUACCCUCGGAUUGAUGUACUAUGAUAUUAAGUUCAAGGGCGAAAGGGUCAUCUACGAGCUCUCGCUUCAGGAGGCUGCGGCUCAGUACGCCGGGUUCACGCCCAAGGCUGCUGGAACAGUGUAUCACGACACAUACUACAGCCUUGGUACUGACCUAGGUACGCUGGUCGAGGGUUAUGACUGUCCUUUUGGCAGCACUUUCUGGAACGUCACGUACCACGAGGGCAACUCAUCUGUCGUAAACACGGACGCAAUUUGCAUUUUCGAAGCCGAUGCUGGAUAUCCCGUCUCGCGCCACCGGUACGGGAGUGGCAAUGAGUACGGUUUCAGCUAUCUGGGCACAGUCAAGGCUUCGGCUUUGACUAUGCGAUCCGUAGCGACUGUUGACAACUACGACUAUAUGUUUGACUACUCAUUUCACGUUGACGGUAGUCUUGAGGUCACUGUCCGGGCAUCCGGCUUCCUACAGUCCUCAUUUUACUAUCCAAACCAGGAAGCGUUUGGGCCCAGGAUCCAGGAGGCGACGAUGGGAUCACUGCACGACCAUAUCCUGACCUACAAAGCCGACUUUGACAUCCUCGAUACAAAGAACAGUCUCGAGGUAAGCGAGCUCGUACUAGUCAAUACGAGCCAGCCUUGGUACCCAGAGCUCGGCUCUUUCGAGCAGAUGCAGCUUCAAAAGUCUACAAUGACGGACGAGGCACAAUUCAACUGGCAACCAAACAACGCGGCCAUGUACUGCAUCGUGAACCCUAACGCUACAAACGUUUGGGGGGAGAAAAGAGGCUACCGAAUUGUCCCCGGCAAGUCCAAUAUCCAUCUCACGCCGCUCAAUUCUCCUUGGACCAAGCACCAGACGCCGUUUGCCAAGUCACAUCUAGCGCUCUCGAAACAACAUGACACGGAGCCGUACGCGAACAGCCACUCUAACGUCAAUUUGCCCUUGAAACCGCAGCAAGAUUUCAUGAAGUUCUUUGAUGGAGAGGGUGUCGAGAACGAGGACAUCGUUCUGUGGUUCAACCUGGGCAUGCAUCACUUCACCAGGUCCGAGGAUAUCCCAGUCACGCUUUAUAGCGAGGCUGUGAGCAGCAUUGUCUUUGCGCCGCAAAACUUCAAUGAUCGAGCGCAGGACGGCGAUUUGCAAAACAGGAGAUGGAUCGUUGUGAAUGAGACUACCGGCGAGCUCGAGUCGGACACUUAUGGAGUUGAGCUGCCUUCUGAGUGUGAAGUUGGCUUUUCCGAGCCUGUCCUUGGAAUCAAGAAGAAUGGAGAAGCCUGAGGUCUUGACAGAUGAUUUGAGGCUGCGCGGGUAGAAAAACAGGAACAGGAAACACUUUAGCGGUAACUCAGCACCAGAUUAACGUAAUGCACAAUGUGUAUUUGUUCCUCACAGAUGAUGAAGGUCAACUUUCACCAGCUUCAUAUCUUCAACUUUGCUGUCCAUGUCUGGUAACACAGGACCAGCACUACAUAGUAUUCUCCCCAGGUUUCUUGUCCAUAACUGGGCGUAGUAUCUUAUAAAAGACAGCCCAUAAGAACACAGAAACAAGCGGGAAGACACCCAUCAAGUAAAGCGC